GUGAUCCUGUGGUGCGGUGCGUGGCCUAAACUCCCAAGCGGAUCCAUCUUCAUCAGCAUGUAUAAAUAACCCCUGCGCGCGGUGCGGCCGGCGCCGACCGGAAAGAGACCAAAUAUUUCGCGCUCUGCCCAGCCAGCCUAUCCACUCCAGCUCCACUUCUUCCCCGCACACCACAGUCACACGCGCAGUGCUAGACGACGAACACCAGAGGGCAGGCAGAUGAUGAUGGCGUCCGUUCUCGCCGUCUCCCGGUGGUCGUCGCUGCUUCUCCCCCUCCUCCUCCUCCUCCUCCUCCUCCUGGUGGCGACGGCGUCGCAGGCCCUCAACGUCGGCGACCUGCUCGGGACAGCAGCGCCUUCGGGGAGCCAGGGCUGUAGCCGGACGUGCGAGUCGUCGUUCUGCAUAGGUAAUAAGCAAGUCACAACCAAUCAAUCCGUCUUCUUCCUUUUUCUCUCCAGCAGAAGCCGGUCCUGUUCAUCUGUUCUUCAUCAGGUGGGGUUGCUUUGCUGAGUUCCCAUCGCCAUGAGCGGACAGAACUUGCGUAGCAUACAAUUCUUCUUCUUCUUUCUUUCUUUUUUUUUCUUCUUCUUCUGGAGGUCAAGCGCUUACCUGAAGCCGACUGCUUUCCAGCUUCCAUCAGUCGGGUACUCUACUCACUCACCAGCAAAAGGGUACUGUACUGACGCGCUUGCUUCUUUUUUUUUUCCCCCUUGUCCACCGUGUCCCUUGAAAACGAAAGUCCCGCCGCUGCUGAGGUACGGCAAGUACUGCGGGAUCCUGUACAGCGGCUGCCCAGGCGAGAAGCCCUGCGACGCGCUCGACGCCUGCUGCAUGGUCCACGACCACUGCGUCGACACCCACAACAAUGACUACCUGAACACGCGGUGCAACGAGAACCUGCUGAGCUGCCUCGACGGGGUGAGCCCGGCGGGGCCGACGUUCCCGGGGAACGAGUGCGACGUCGGCCAGACGGCGUCCGUCAUACGUGGGGUCAUCGAGUCGGCGGUGCUCGCGGGCAAGAUCCUUCACAAGCGCGACGACGGCCAGUAGCCGGCGUCCUGGCAGUGGCAGGACAGGAGCGGGCCGACCUGAGUCAGUGAGGCUAGCUCGCGGUUGGUACAGACAGUAUAAAGCCGCUUGUGCUGGAUUUCAAGGUUAUGAACGGCCGGACCACCUGUUGGAGUUCGUUUACGUAUUAGGUUUAGUUCAUUUACUUUAAAAUAAAAUUUAGAAUAAAUGUCAAAGAUUCGUCAUGAAUCUGAAUUCGUCUUGUGCAACAAAUUUAAAACUCAAUCCAUUAAACUCAAGUCAGAUUUUGUUUUUUUAAUCUUUUUAUGUGUGGUUAUCCUGAAUAUAAUCUCCCUAUAUAAUAGAGUU